GCUCGGUUAUUAGCAAGAGAGCGAUGUGAUGAGGAAUCAACGUCGGCUGAGGCCGAGGCCGCAACCAGCCGGUUAGGUUAGGUGUCUUGUCAGUGUGACGUUGAGAAAAAAUUACAAGUCUCGCUUAUCACUCUUUGACACCUGCUUACGUGAAUUUGAUUUCGCGCUUGUGUAUUCUCGCUGCCUGAAUUCUUAUACUAAAACAAGCUUGUGGAUGCAUAACGCAUGGGAGAUUAGUUUUUCCCUUCCAACUGAGACAAACUUAUAAAUACAAUGUGGUAAAGAAAAGAAGCCAAGAUGAGCUGUUCUGUGGAAUUACGCCAGCGUAGGCAACAGGGGAUGGCGGAGGAUCCUCAUAAACUCGCGGCGAUGAUGAAUAAAUCUCAAAGACUGGUACUAGGACUCUUAGUUCUACUGCUGGUCGAUAUAAUUUGGGUUUCCAGUUCCGAGCUUACCAAAUACAUCUACAGGGAUGAAACAUUCGAGAGGCCAUUUUUUAGUACAUAUGUAAGAACAUCUAUGUUUACAUUUUAUUUACUUGGCCUAUGCUUUUGGCCACCCUGGCGGGAACAAUGUAAUAAACCUGCAACAUAUAUGUUUAUAGAUCCCAAUGUUGAAGAUGAUAACUUUUAUUCGGAGGCUAAUACAAGUCUAAGCGAUCCAACGUUUGUUCCAAUAAAAACACCAGAUCAUUGUGAUCGUUCGUCAGGAACGGAAAGUGAUGAUUCGUCCAUUCGUUCUGUACGAUUCAGCAAACUGGCGGAAGUACGCCAUAUGUCCGAAAGUGAUGCCACCGAGGCUUUAUUGGCACGACUUAGUUAUCAAGCCAGUGUCAGAGCUGGAGAACAAGCGAGACGACAAGCUAACAAAUUCUCUGUACAAAAAGUGGCUAAGCUAGCUCUUAUGUUUUGUUUAUUUUGGUUCAUGGCGAAUUAUACACACCAGAUGUCAUUGGAACAAACUCCAGCUAGAAUUGUCACUGUAUUGUCUUCAACGUCCAGUUUAUUCACUUUAUUUCUCGCUGCUUCUUUUCCCAGUAAUGGAGGAGACAAAUUUACGCUGUCCAAAUUAGCUGCUGUGAUAGUUAGUAUCUUCGGACUGGUAUUGGUCGGUAUUUCGGAUUUAACUAUAGAAAGUAAUAAUAUGUCAACGGGCAUAAUAUUAGCUCUAGUCAGUGCUUUUUUCUAUGCUGCAUACAUUGUAUUUUUAAAAAGAAAAGUAGAUCAUGAAGAUAAGAUGGAUAUACCAAUGUUUUUUGGUUUUGUGGGAAUAUUCAAUUUAACACUUCUGUGGCCUUUGUUCUUUAUUCUUCAUUAUGGUCACUGGGAAGAGUUUGAAUGGCCCAAUAGCCAUCAGUGGACAUUCCUAAUUAUAAACGGUCUAAUUGGUACUGUUUUGAGCCAAGUUCUUUGGCUAUGGGGUUGUUUUUUGACAUCGUCUCUCGUAGCAACAAUGGCUGUAAGCUUAACAAUGCCCAUGUCAAUGGUAGCCGAUGUUCUCUUGAAAAAAGUUGAGUACCCUUGUAUUUUCUAUUUGGGAAGUAUUCCAAUGCUUUUAGCAUUCCUGACGGUAUCUCUUUUAUCUUAUUAUGACAAUUGGGAUCCUGUUAUGGAUUUAAUUAAAAGGUUUUUCAUCUGGAUAUGCAGAAAAAACAGAUCUACAAGGAUUCCAGAUCUUGAGGCAGAGCAAACGGAAUCUUUAAUAGGAAUAGACAGUGGUGAUCAUGAAGCUUAACAAGACAAUAAUGAGAAAAUUGAAAAUACGAUAAAACUCCUCGUAUGUUACAUACAUCAUUGUAAUAACAUCUUAAUUAACAUGCACACAUUUCUCGAUAAGUACGUGCCUCCAUUUGCCGUAAAUACCCGGUUUUAUUUAAAUCGUCUUAUGUAAGUUUUAUAUCUUAUUGUGUGCAAUAAUGAUUAUCACAAAGUCUCCUACUUUUUCUACGCGAAUGUAUCUCUUUAUUUUGUACUAACAUUACAAAAUGAUUACUG